CGAAGGGCUGGCAUUUCCGGGGAUGCCGCGUGCAGUUACUUAACUGGCAGGUUUUCAGCAUGGCGGUCUUCGAGGGCCCGGCCAUGCAGAGCCUGUCCCUGAACCCGCAGGAAGACGCCCAGUUUCAGAAGGAGGUGGCGCACGUUCGCCAGCGCGCAACCCAGCACAAAAAGCAAGAAAAACUUACUCCUGGAGUAAUCUUUGUGGGCCACCUACCUCCAGCGCUUCAGGAAAACCAGAUCCGGGCGUAUUUCUCCCAGUUUGGCGCUAUCACAAGAUUCAGACUGUCCAGAAGUAAAAGGACUGGAAAUAGCAGAGGCUAUGCCUUUCUGGAGUUUGAGUCUGAAGAUGUUGCCAAGAUAGUUGCCGAAACAAUGAACAACUACCUUUUUGGUGAAAGACUCUUGGUGUGUCGUUUUAUGCCACCAGAAAAAGUACAUGAAGAACUUUUUAGAGAGUGGCAUGUUCCAUUUCAUAAACCCUCAUAUCCAGCGGUGAAACGCUAUAAUCAGAAUCGGGAUUUUGUACAGAAAGUGAGGAUGGAAGCGCGAUUUAAACGAAAGGAAAGGUUACUUAGGAAGAAGAUAGCUGCAAAAGGAAUUGAUUACAGUUUCCCUUCAUUGGUUUUACCUAAUAAGGAAGGCGUUUCAGGCAUACCUAAGAAGUACAGAAGGGUUUCAAAAAGCAAUCCUAACACUCCUGAGAAGUCUGCGGACAGCCAGGGCCCCACACCAGUUUGUACACCAACAUUUUUGGAGAGACGAAAGUCCGAAGUGGCUGAACUGGAUGAUAAAGAUGAUGAAAUAGUUUUCAAACAGCCCACAUCCAGUGUAAAAGAAGAAAUAGAAGAGACUCCAACAACCCCUACACGCUCAAGGAAAAAAAGAAAAAGAAAAAGCAAUCAGUAACUAUCUUCUGAAAAAAUCUGAUGAUUUUGUUAUAAGGACUGACUCUUCUAGAUGUACAGUAAAAUGCAACCAAUGAUAAGACUUUUCAAGGAAAAACAUACUGUUUGUUCAUGUCAGUAAGGAAAGCAGUAAUUUUGGCUAUGCAUACCAGCCUGCAAAUGGUGGGGUUCACUUUGCCUUUGUCCUGAUCUCCUGUAGUUUUCUUAUCAAAUUUUAUAGCUCCUCUUAAUUUGCCUGCUUUAUAGAAUGGUCACUGUUAGCUGCAGGUGUAUGUACCAACUAAACCUUUUUGUCACCACCAAAUAACACCAGUCCUGACCAUCUUCAUCAUGAUUGUGCAUACUUAACCAAAAAGGGUAUUUUAGACUUCAACAUGAGGUGGCUUAAACUGGAAGUUAAAUUACGGAGAAUAGGAUGGCAGUUCAAAUGUUGAGACAGAUUCAGAAAUGACAUGUUUUCACCAAUAAUGUUAAAGAAAUUGUUGGUGGACUAGCAUGGAUUUGAUCACUGCCAUUUUGAGUCAUCAAUUUGGAAUUGUAGUAAACUUGUUCCAUAAUUUGUAUGCAAGUAUGAUAUAAGAGCUUUGAGGAAAAGUAGCAAGUUUCUUCUCACCUGCUUUUUAAGUUUUCUGGUGCUUGAAAUGUGCUUUUGUAUUAAAUUAUCCAGAUUCAUUAAAAUAUACCCAAUGCUGUCAGGCAUUUCUUUUCAUCCAAUAUUUGUUAAAUACAUACUAACCUAGGUAUCCUGAUGAAAAGUGUAAAGCAGAAUUGGGUUAAGUAUAUACAAAGAGCAACUUGUACCCCACAAUAGUUGGAGACGCACAGAAGGUAUUGAGUUUGCGUUGACUGAUGAAUGUGUGGGUAACAACUGCCCCUCUUUCUGACAGUGUCUGAACUUGUGCAUCUGGAUAUCUCUCUCCUUUCCCCUCUGAGAAAGAAUCAGAUAGAUGGCUCCAAAUGGACAUAGGUCUGUCAUGUUUGUCACCCCCAGGAGGCAUGUGCAUACAUGACAAGAUGAACAUUUCCCCUUACCAGUCUGUCACCAACACACCCCACCACACAGGCAUGGUGCCGUUCACAGCACUUCCUGUGUGUGAGUUUUGCAAUUACCCUGGAGCAGAGAGGUGGUGAUUGCACUCUUAGCAUGUCACAGUCAGGGAUAUUUUUCAUUAGAAACAGCUUAUGUGAUUGCAAACCUAUUUUUUAGAGGACUAGAUUGGGUUCUUAAGAAAACCAUUGAAGUGGCAUGGGCUUGAUUUUUAGGAUUUAUAGGGUAAGGCUGGCACUUGGAGUAGAAGGCCCUUGCCAAUAAGAUACUUAAGAAAGGGCUGCAGUAAGUAAUACCGUCAUAGUCAGGUGAAAAAAAAAUGCAGCUCAAAAUCGCACAGUCUGAUCACAGCUAUGAAAAGCAGUUUCCCGAUUUUUAAAAUUCAGUAUGUAUGUGUGUGCACACAUGCUGAUACAACAUCAGAAAAAAAGCUUUGUAAAAGAAAAGGAAUUAAUCGCAGACAAGGUCCAUUUGAAGCCAGAUAUUUCACAAGCUGCAAGUUGGCCACAAAAUGGAGUGGCACAUUAUUUGAUGAGUGCCACAAAAAUCUGAAGGGCAAGUGAAUAAACAACUUCAAGAUUGGGUUUUUGGUGCUAGCAUUACUUGGGAGUAUAGUGUAGCCACGUGUGCAAGCUCACUAACAAAAUUGUAGGUCUGGCUAUUACUUGUAAAGGCUUGACUCAGGCAACUGUCUAUGUGACUUACAAACCGUAACUGUUUUCCUUGGCCUAGGAAUGUAGUCUUUUCUACUGUGUAGGCACAUAUAAACACAUGGCCCAAAUCUAUAUCAUGGAUCAUCCUGGGACCAAGUCCAGCCAACGGCCAAUCUUCAUGGGUGUGUGGUGGUGAGGAUUGAACUUGUGUGUGCUAGGCACUGAGCACUCCCAGCCCUUUGGUCAACAUUUUUUUAAUGGUUGGAAAAGAAAUAUUUCAUGACACGUGGAAAUGAUGGGCUUCAAAUUUCAGUGUGUCCAUAAAUACACAUUUAUUAGAACACAGCCGCACAUUUACCUAUGUCCUGUCUGGCUGUUGUGCUGUAAAAGCCGGUUGUGACACCUGCUUAGCAUUGCUGCUGCAUGAACUGCAUACUGCAAUGGGGUGAUGGAGUUUUAACUCGAUACACUUUGCCACGUGUAUGGUGAUACCACAAAUUUUAUGAACUAUCAAAUUAAGAUGGUAAGGCAUUUUACUACUGGUUGUAGUAGAAAAAUAAAAUGUGUUAACAGCAGUCUAAGCAUUCAUCAUGGUAUUCCCAACCCACAGGAAAGCACAGAAGGUACAGCUAUUUAAAAAUGGAGUAACUUGCUUCUUGG